UCCACUUCCGGGCUGCUGGGGAGGGGGACAGAGCAGCUUCUCCUGCCUCUUCCCCAGCCACCUGUCCCGUAGACAGAACAGGCUGCGCCCCGAGCGCAGAGGGAAACACGCCGAAUCCUGAGCAGGCCCCGCCUCCUAGAGCUCUUUCCCGGCGCCCGCGGAUCGGGAGUUGCUCGGACCUCGUGGGCCGCACCCCCACGCUGCCAGGCCACGCCCCCGGAAACUCGGGAGCCCGCCCACUCCGCCGGAGCGCCCAGCGGCCAUGGGGACGCCGAGCGGCCCGGAGGAGGGGGGCCAGCCGCCUCCGGUCUCGGAGGGCGACGCGGAGGUUCGGCCCCAAGUGGCUGCACAGCCUCACGUGCACCCCGAGGACCCCCACGAGCCGGAGGCGCCCGCGGCCCCGGAGGAGCCCCAGCCAGUGAAGGAGCUUCCGAGCGGCCGAGGAGCCGAGCAGCAGGCUGAGGAAGAGGAAGAAGUGGGAGAAGGCAGCAGCACGGAGAGCAGCCGCGACGCGGGGGAGGCUCCGCCCCCGGCACGGACCCCGGCCACGCCCCCCGCAUCCUCCCGGCCCGGGGAGGGGGUGCGGGGGGCGGCACGGCGGCUUCGAGAGCAGCAGCUCGAGGCACUGACCCGCGUGGCCCUGAUGGAGCAGCGAGUGAAGGAGCUGCAGCGCCAGAGGAAGGAGCUGAGGAUCGAGAUGGAGGUGGAAGUGGCCCUUCUGCGGGGCGAGCUGGCUGGAGAGCGGGUGGCUGCCCGGCGCGAGGAGGAGCAGCUCCGGGAGCUGCUGGGACAGCAGGUGGACACGGAGCAGGGCAGCCAGGAGCAGCGGGAACAGGAGCAGAGGCAGCUGAGCCAGGAGCGGGAUCGUGUGGAGGGUCUUCGCCAGAGACUCCAGGAGGCCCAGGGGCAGCUUGACUCACAGCCAGAGGACCAGCGUGAGCGGCUUCUGCAGGGAGUGCAGGAGAUGAGGGAACAGCUGGAUGCGGCCCAGCGUGCAUACGAGGACCUGGAGUUCCAGCAGUUGGAGCAGGAGAGCCGGCGGGAGGAGGAGGACCAGGACAGCCCUGGGGCCCGGGCAGGAGACCCCAAGGUCCGGGAGCUCCAGGCCAGUGUGGCACAGCACAGGCGCCGGAUCCAGGUCUUAGAAGAGCAGCUCAAGUCUCUGGGGGAGCAGAUGGCAGCUGAGAGCAGGGGGCUGAGCCAGAAGAAGGAGGAGGCCCUUCAGGCCCUGACACAGGAGCGGAACCGACUGCUCGAGCUUAAUUGCCUUCAGAGAACCCCGGGCAGGAACUUCUCCGAGUCCAGCCAGGCCCUCACUAAGCUCCUGUUCACCCAGAAGACAGACCGCCAGUUGCUGGUAUACCAGGACCCCACCGCCCACACUGCCUCCGCCACUUCCUCCUGCCUCUUCUCUGUUCACAGCUCCCUGCAGGGCUCCAUUGGCCUCCAGAGGACUGGAAGCCUGCCCCGGAAGAGGGGAGAGAGAGCCAGCCAGAGGGGAUCCCCCCGACCUCUGUCCCUCCAUUGUACUGGACCCCUGGGGGCCUCGGCCCUCCCACCAGCAUCAGGAGACUCUGGGAGACACCCGCUCUAUCAGCUGCUGAACUGUGGCCCUGGGAACAGCUGUGGGUCCCUCCACCCAGACAUCGCCCGCAUGGAGCAGCUCCUACAGCAGGCUGUGGCAGAGAGGGAGCGACUGCUCAAGGCCCGGGAAGGGAUGAGAAGAAGCAAAGAAGGUUCCUCAGGCCCUGCUGUACCUGCCAUCAUGGCCCCGCCCUCGCCCCCACCCCGCCCCCCAGGCCCUCGAGUCUUGGAUCUCCGCCAGCACCUAGAACGUUGGGGCCACAGUCCCGAAAGCUGCCCGCAUGUGAGGGUGUCGGGAGGCUGCUGCCGCGGAUCCCUGGUGAAGAUGGGCGGCCGCAUUAAGACCUGGAAGAAGCGGUGGUUCUGCUUCGACCGCCAGGCCCGGCGUCUGGCCUACUAUGCUGACAAGGAAGAGACCAAGCUCAAAGGAGUCAUCUAUUUCCAGGCCAUUGAGGAAGUCUAUUACGACCACUUACGCUGUGCCUUCAAGAGCCCCAACCCUCGCCUGACGUUCUGCGUGAAAACCUACGAGCGCCUGUUCUACAUGGUGGCGCCCAGCCCCGAGGCCAUGCGCAUCUGGAUGGACGUCAUCGUGACCGCUGCCGAUGAGAACCACGCCCCUUGAGGCCCCACCCUCGGGGGACGUCCCGCGAGGCCCCGCCCCCGCGCCCCGCCCGCUGUCGGGAGGCCUGGGCCCGCCCCUUUGGAACUCGGCGAAUCCUGCGGGUGCUGCGGCUCGGCGGGCCUGAGCCGCAGUGUCUUGGGCUGCAGGUGCCUUCCCGCUACGGGAAGCCAGCCCUUGGGGCCCUGCCCCGGGAAGGAGGAGGAUUGCAGGGGCGGGAAGGAACUAUUUAUUGGUGCUCCUGUGAUACCGAAUUAAACACGGAGGGAAACAGUG